AUGUUCAUUGAAGCACAAUUGUAUAAUCUCAUCUUAUAAAUUAGGAGGAAGUGCUUAAGAUCAAAAAUAAAUACUACUAGUGUCUUUAAUUGAUUUUAUCUAAUAGAUCCCUCCAUUAAUGGUCUUAAGAAAAUUAAUUUACAAGAAAAAGAGAUAAUUGCAUAAUUUAUUCAAUAUAGAACCCAAGAAAAUAUCAUUACUGCAUGAAAAAACUAGCUUUUUAAAUCAUUUACUUUACCAUAAAACAUCAAUCAAAAAUAUAGAAGUGAAAGAUUUUACUGAAUAUAUGUCAGUUAAAAUAUUAAUUGAAAGAUUUAAAUAGCCUGAAAUAUCAGAAAAUAAUCUUUUUAAACUAGUUUAAAAUUGUGAUUUUAAAGUCAUGAAUUAAUUUUUUUAAAAGAAAUUUUUGAUAGUUAUAUAAUUAAAACAUAUUAAUCAAGUGGAAAAAAAUUAUUUUAGAAAGGGUUCUGUGCAAAUCAUAUACUGA